AGCUCAGCGAUAACAUUUCAACUUUGUAUUUUAUAAUUGAUGGCUUCCCUUUUGUGUUGUGGUUUGUUUACAAAUAGUGUAGACUAGACUCAUUCUGGUACUGCUUGCAUUUCUCUUCGAGUGGAUCCUCUCUCCCCUUUCAUGGCAGUCAGUGAAAAAGAUAAAACACACACCUGACACUGUAGGCAUGGGUGAGGGGCCUCUAGUGUGUGUGUGUGUGUGUGGAAGCGUGUGGUUACCAGCGUGUGUCAACAGAACCCAGUGGCAGAUGCCUAGAGUUUCCACUAAUAAUAAUCCUAUAAGCAGGCGACAGGGAGCAGCACAGGAGACUGUGUUUGUGUGUGUGUGUUUGUUUCUGUUUUACUGUGCCUGUGUGGGUGUGCCUUAGCGUGUGUGUAUGUGUCUUCCUGUCACUAAGUGUGUGCGCGUGUAUGCUGUGUUUGAGUGCCAGGCCCUAGUGUGUGUCAGGCACAACCACACACCGUGCUGGGUUAGGCAGGGGGCAGUCAGAGGCCCAGUAAUCCCUGGUGUGUAAUCUGUCUGCUCCAUGCUCUCCUCUUAAUCCCCUGUUGGCAAACCUGGCCUUAACUUGAUACUGUAGCUCCAAAACAGAACCCUCUCGCUCGCCCUCGCGCUCCCUCUGUCGCUCCCCUCGCUCUCUGCCCCAUCCCCCUCUCUCCCCCAUCCCCCUCUUUCUCUCGCUCUUUCUCUCUCUUUUUUUCAAAAUAUAUAUUUUUUUGCCUUUGCAGAAAGUUGGGGUGACCGGCCCUCCAGAUCCUCAAAUGCGUUGCCCGUCUGUCAUCGAGUUUGGCAAGUUUGAGAUCCAGACUUGGUACUCCUCUCCGUACCCGCAAGAGUACAGCAGGUAAACAAACAACAUGACCCACAGUACUUUUCACACACUCCACUCUGAGUCAGUCCACUGUUAGUUUGUGUUCGUAUAAUGGAUGUCUGUUUUGGUCCUCACCAUUUUCCCUCAAUCUUCUCCCUCCUUUCCUGUCCCAGACUGCCUAAGCUCUACCUGUGUGAGUUCUGCCUGCGCUACAUGAAGAGUCGCAGCAUCCUCUUCCAGCACAUGAGAAAGUGUGCUUGGUUCCACCCUCCAGCCAAUGAGAUCUACAGGAAGAACGGCGUCUCCGUGUUCGAGGUGAGACAGACCGAGAGACAGAAAGAGGGAUACAAGAUGGAGGAAGCGAGAUGAGGCCGAGGCCACCCUCCCUGCCACAAAUCACACUGCUCCUUCUACUUCCUCUGCUAAGAGUGGCAGUGUCACACAGGCACUUGUCAAAGACUCUCAUUUCCUCUGAGGCUUCAACUGUUCUCUAAACCACCUUGUUAUAAUAUUGACCCACAAGACAGCCCUGUGUGACGCUACAGUACCUAGGUUGCUGUCUAGUACAACUACUACUAGUUUUUUUUGGUACCUGGAACCCGGGACUGCUUGUAUUAAAACUAUCACUUCAGAACCAACUACAUUGGUGUCAGCUAACCAUCUGAGUUCCUGUACAGAAGGUUGAGAGCCACUGUACCAGUAGGCCACAUACUGCAGGCCUCUAAUUGAGGGGCAGUCAGUCUAUGUCCGUCUGUCUGUCUUGUAGGAUAGCGUCUGCAGCUCUGGUUUCACUGCCUCUGCAGCAGCAGAGUAGGAUAGCUGGGAUGUCUGGCUGCAUGCCAGGGAGCCCCUCUCUCUCCCAGCCUGGGACACCAGAGAUGCCAUGGCUCACAUCAUUGGCAUCAUUGUCUGAGACUAUAAAAGCAAUCGACUCCCCUCCCAUAUCCCAUGAGUGUCUGUCUCAUAGUUACUGACAUUGCGGUUCGGAAAUGGGCUGAAUGGUGCACUCAAGACUGCCCUUUUGGAUCAUUGUAGUCAAACUCAUGUGUAGUACUUGUAUUUGUUAUAUUCAAAUGUGCAUGUCUGCCUUGGCAGCUUGGUGGUUGCUGUCUGUACUCAUGAUGUGCAGAUCAAAUUCCCUUUGGGGCAAUACAGGUUUUCAUUCAUUUCAUUCAUGUUGUGUGUGUGUGCUGUGUUCUCAGGUGGAUGGGAACGUGAGCACAAUCUACUGUCAGAACCUGUGUCUGUUGGCCAAGCUGUUCCUGGACCACAAGACGCUGUACUACGACGUGGAGCCCUUCCUCUUCUACGUCCUCACACAGAACGACAGCAAGGGCUGCCACCUGGUGGGCUACUUCUCCAAGGUACGUCUAACCACCAAAUCAUCCAAGUAAAUGCAUGCAUAAGCAACAUUCCGUCACAUUUUUUGGGCACUGAGCAAAUUGUAGGUUUUGUGAGCGGAAACUUGAACGUUGUGAGAAUUUUGUGUAACUUCAGGCGCACAUUUACAGUGAACACUGAGGCUGUACCCUUAGUUUUAGACAGUAGCCAAUCGGCUAUUGUAGCUAUUUGAGCAUAAUGUAGGCCUACCAACAAAACCAAUGGAGCAAAUCCCGUAACAUUUUCACAUGGAAAUAGCUUUUAUAUGUGGUGUAGCCUAUAUGUGGUGUUCAAUGCAGGCCUACAUUGCAUGAGACUUUUAAAAAUGUUUUUACAUUAUGAAGGGCUUGACAUUAAUUAUUGAUUUUCUACUUGGUCUGUAACACCAUGGGCCAAAUAGUUGACUGUAAUUUGCAUUGUAUUGUGUUGUACAAAAUACAAUUAAUUAUUAUUACCAUACAGAGAUUUAGACAAUGUAGGCUACCCUCUGCCUAUUGGCUUAUUUGCAUAUUCAAGCCUGUCUCAAAAUACAACACUGCCCCUUUAAUUUAGACAUAAGCUUUUUUUUUUUACCUGACUGGCUUUUCAUAGACAGCUUGAAAUGUAGCCUACAUGUUUUGUGCUCUUGAAGGAAGCAGUAACUCCCCGUUGCUGACCUACACUUAUCUAUAACUGGGCUAAUAACGCACUGACUUGCAAAGAAUAUCAACAAUUUUGCACACGUGGGGCUCUGAUCUGAAAAGCGCAUUCACUCACGGGUGAUUGAAAGACCACUUGUGGGCUAUCCCCGCCAAUAGAAUUCUACUCCGUUGCGCUUUGGCUCUGCCUAAAACAAAAUCAGACUUCAUUUUGCCAAGUUAGAUUUGGUUUGGUUUGUUGCAUUGAAAAGGGGCUGAUAUAAUGUUGAUUCGAUCACAGAAAAAACGUUGAUCUAUAUUGUGCAAACUAGUGGGGCGAACUCAAUCUCUUGCGUCUCUGCGCGGCAUAGCAUUUCUUCUGCCCGGCAGUCCUAGAAGAAGUACAUGGCUGUGUACGCGCGCAGCUUAUUGGGAACAUUGUACAUAAGUAAACACAACAAGGUGAACCCAAGGUACAGAUCUAGGACCAGCUUACCAUUCCAAAAUCCUAACCUUAACCGUUCGAGUGGAAAAGCCAAAACUGUCUUUAGAUCACCGUCUUUACUCUAGUGAAUACCUCAGUAUGCAGAGCAACAACCACUGCUGCUUUGAUGCUCUCUGUCUCACUCCUGUCUGUCUGUAUGGAUGCUCUCUGUCUCACUCCUGUCUGUCUGUAUGGAUGCUCUCUGUCUCACCUGCCUGUCUUCUGUAUGGAUGCUCUCUGUCUCAAUCCUGUCUGUCUGUAUGGAUGCUCUCUGUCUCACUCUGUCUGUCUGUAUGGAUGCUCUCGUCUCACUCCUGUCUGUCUUAUGGAUGCUCUCUGUCUCACUCCUGUCUGUCUGUAUGGAUGCUCUCUGUCCUCACUCCUGUCUGUCUGUAUGGAUGCUCUCGUCUCACUCUGUCUGUCUGUAUGGAUGCUCUCUGUCUCACUCCGUCUGUCUGUAUGGAUGCUCUCUGUCUCACUCAUGUCUGUCUGUAUGGAUGCUCUCUGUCUCACUCCUGUCUGUCUGUAUGGAUGCUCUCUGUCUCACUCCUGUCUGUCUGUAUGGAUGCUCUCUGUCUCACUCCUGUCUGUCUGUAUGGAUGCUCUCUGUCUCACUCCGUGUCUGUUCUGUAUGGAUGUCUCUGUCUCACUCCUGUCUGUCUGUAUGGAUGCUCUCUGUCUCACCCUGUCUGUCUGUAUGGGAUGCUCUCUGUCUCACUCCUGUCUGUCUGUAUGGAUGCUCUCUGUCUCACUCCUGUCUGUCUGUAUGGAUGCUCUCUGUCUCACUCCUGUCUGUCUGUAUGGAUGCUCUCUGUCUCACUCCUGUCUGUCUGUAUGGAUGCUCUCUGUCUCACUCCUGUCUGUCUGUAUGGAUGCUCUCUGUCUCACUCCUGUCUGUCUGUAUGGAUGCUCUCUGUCUCACUCCUGUCUGUCUGUAUGGAUGCUCUCUGUCUCACUCCUGUCUGUCUGUAUGGAUGCUCUCUGUCUCACUCCUGUCUGUCUGUAUGGAUGCUCUCUGUCUCACUCCUGUCUGUCUGUAUGGAUGCUCUCUGUCUCACUCCUGUCUGUCUGUAUGGAUGCUCUCUGUCUCACUCCUGUCUGUCUGUAUGGAUGCUCUCUGUCUCACUCCUGUCUGUCUGUAUGGAUGCUCUCUGUCUCACUCCUGUCUGUCUGUAUGGAUGCUCUCUGUCUCACUCCUGUCUGUCUGUAUGGAUGCUCUCUGUCUCACUCCUGUCUGUCUGUAUGGAUGCUCUCUGUCUCACUCCUGUCUGUCUGUAUGGAUGCUCUCUGUCUCACUCCUGUCUGUCUGUAUGGAUGCUCUCUGUCUCACUCCUGUCUGUCUGUAUGGAUGCUCUCUGUCUCACUCCUGUCUGUCUGUAUGGAUGCUCUCUGUCUCACUCCUGUCUGUCUGUAUGGAUGCUCUCUGUCUCACUCCUGUCUGUCUGUAUGGAUGCUCUCUGUCUCACUCCUGUCUGUCUGUAUGGAUGCUCUCUGUCUCACUCCUGUCUGUCUGUAUGGAUGCUCUCUGUCUCACUCCUGUCUGUCUGUAUGGAUGCUCUCUGUCUCACUCCUGUCUGUCUGUAUGGAUGCUCUCUGUCUCACUCCUGUCUGUCUGUAUGGAUGCUCUCUGUCUCACUCCUGUCUGUCUGUAUGGAUGCUCUCUGUCUCACUCCUGUCUGUCUGUAUGGAUGCUCUCUGUCUCACUCCUGUCUGUCUGUAUGGAUGCUCUCUGUCUCACUCCUGUCUGUCUGUAUGGAUGCUCUCUGUCUCAGGUUCUCACUCCUGUCUGUCUGUAUGGAUGCUCUCUGUCUCACUCCUGUCUGUCUGUAUGGAUGCUCUCUGUCUCACUCCUGUCUGUCUGUAUGGAUGCUCUCUGUCUCACUCCUGUCUGUCUGUAUGGAUGCUCUCUGUCUCACUCCUGUCUGUCUGUAUGGAUGCUCUCUGUCUCACUCCUGUCUGUCUGUAUGGAUGCUCUCUGUCUCACUCCUGUCUGUCUGUCUGUCUGUAUGGAUGCAGGGGCUCUUAUUAACUGGCUGCCAAAACACAGCAAUUAUCUUACUACACACUCUCUUGCUCUGCUCCCAGAACAUCACCGCCACGCUGCACCAGCUGAUAAUGCUGGAGCAGUGAGACACACACACACUACCAGUCAUAAUCAUGAUACCAUCACAAAUUCAACGAAACGGUGUCUUUAGGUCAGUGUCUACAUCAGGCCUCUCCGACCCUGUUCCUGGAGAGCUACCCUCCUGUAGGUUUUUGCUCCAACCCGAUGUAACUGACCUGAUUCCGCUUAUCAACCAGCUAAUUAUUAGAAUCGGCUGUGCUAGAUUAGGGUUGAAGUGAAAACCAAUUGGACGGUAGCUCUCCGGGAACAGUGUUGGAGAGCCCUGGUCUAGACGCACUUUCAUUCUACUUCAGUGAAUCCCUCUGUAUGCAGAGAAACCACUGCUGCUUUGAUGCUGUCUCACCCCUGUCUGUCUGUCUGUCUGUACGGAUGCAGGUGCUCUUGGAAUCUGCCAAAACACAGCAAUUAUCUUACCACACUCACACACAGACUCCUACUGUAUGUGCUAGCACAGUCUUGCUCUGAGUACGUUUCCAUGCCUACUCUCUCUCUCCACUCUCCCCCUCUCUCUCUCUCUCUUUCCCUCUCCAGGAGAAACACUGUCAACAGAAGUACAACGUGUCCUGCAUCAUGAUUCUUCCCCAGUACCAGCGCAAGGGCUACGGCCGCUUCCUCAUCGACUUCAGUAAGGAGCUCCGCUCAGGCUCAGCUAGGCUUUUCCUCCGCUCCCCAGACCUCAUUGAUGCCGAACUAGUGGUUCUAAGCUGCUGUAGAGUUAUUGGUCAAUGCCAUCGGAAUAGCAGUCAGUCCCAUUGAAUUGAACUAGCAACAUGUUGGAAUCUGACUCAAAGUGCCUGUAAUGAAUAAUGUCCGGUCCAAUUCCUUGUUGAGCUUAAUAAUCGAAACCGCAUUGGCCCUUUCCUACUCUGCUUAGCUGGUUGAGUUGGAUGUUUUAGAAGGUGGAGGUUAUUUUGAGGAAAGCUGAACCACUAUCAUGUAGUAAUAGGACAAGUAGUGGUAGAAAUAGUAGCAUUCAUUUAUUUAACACAGUCAGACUGAAUUGUAUACACCAACAGUCAUAGACUGAAUUGUCCACCAAUGUAAAUGGACCUUGUAUAGCCUACUGAUUUUAAAAUGAACCUUGUUCUCAACCCGCUCCCUUCUCUCUCCUCUCCCCUCCAGGCUACCUGCUCUCCAAGCGGGAGGGCCAGCCUGGCUCCCCAGAGAAGCCCCUGUCAGACCUGGGUCGUCUGUCCUACAUGGCCUACUGGCGCAGUGUGGUGCUGGAGUGUCUCCAUGAGGUCCGCGACCGCCAGCUCUCCAUCCGACGCCUCAGCAAGAUCACAGGCAUCUGUCCGCAGGACAUCACCGCUUCGCUGCACCACCUCAACAUGCUGGAGCAGAGAGGGGAGCGGUGAGACACGCACUCACACCAUAAUCAUGAUGACAACACAAAUUCAACGAUGUAGAAAUUAGCAACAACAUGCUGACUACCAAGGCCAAUGAAAGCUGACAAGACUAUUCUACAGCAUGGAACACACGUCUGUUUAGGAGCUGUCAUUUAUUCAAAGUAGUUAUUCUCUCCCUGUGGAGUUUUACCCAUCUGUCUGAACAACAUUCUGACCUUCCCUGUGUCUGUCCCCCUGUCCUGUAGGCUAGUCCUGGUGCGUAAGGAGAAGCUGGUAUCCACCCACAUGGCUCGUCUCACCGCCAGGCCCCGGCUGCUAGAGGUGGACCCUGACUGUCUCCGCUGGACCCCCGUCAUCGUCAUCAACACUGUGGUGUCAGAGGAAGAGGAGGGAGAGGAGGAAGAGGGGGAGGAGGACAUCUGCAAGGAGGUGAGGAUAAUGAUGCUUCAGGUUCUAAAACCUUUUUAGAUGAAAGACAUUACAACAAUGACUUGUAUAGAUUAGAGUGGUAAAUGAAGGAGUUAUUGAGAUCUUUUUUUUUUUCAACAGAUCAAGCCUAGCCACAAGGUGUCUCCAUUCUCCUGGCUCGUCCGAGGAGGAGAGGAAGAGGAGGAGAGAAAGUGCUUCCCAGGGUUCCCCACCAGCCAAAGCUCUCCGGCCUCCUCCCCAGUCCGCUGCCCUCUGCCCAUCCCCGACCACCGGCCCCCUCCCUCCGCCAACGGAGAGCGCCGGGGCAGGGGCCGCCCGCCCAAGAAUUGGCCCUGGGGCAAGGUGAAGGAUGGGCCGCGGGCCGAGAGGCGGCCAGGCCCGGGACGACCCCCAAAGAUCCGGGUGGAGAUGCAGGAUGAUGAUGAUGAUGAUGAUGACAGGGCUGAGGGCACUAAAGCUAGCCCCUCUUUCGGCAGCAGCCCACCCUCCCUCUUCUCCUCAGACAGGCAGCAGGCUGAUUCUAUAGGCACCAUCAGGCCCCUAGAGAUGCUUGGCAGGCAAUCUGUUGUUCCACCCCCACGUAGCAGAGGGAGACCUCCCAGGAAGAAGAGGGGCCCCAAGUGCAGGCUGAGUGAGGGGUCCGGGGAGGCCCUGCCCCAGUUGCCCCUGUCGCCCAGGCUCAGCGACCCACCGCCGGUCAGACGGAGCUGCUUCAGUGAAAGCAGCGAGGAAGAGGAGGAUGAUGAUGAUGAUGAUGACGAGGAGACGGGGGCUCACUCCCCACCCAUCCUCACAAAGCCCACCCUGGGGCUCAAAUGCAAGGUGAAUGGAAAGAAUGUGGAUCUGCUGAACUGCUUGAUACAGGUCACUCCAAAUGAUGAGAACGUUGUAACCUCUUCCAAAAUAAGAAAUUCCCACUUUCUGUUUGCUUGCAACGUUUCACUGUAUUAUAUUUCAAUAGCUUUUCCAUGUCUCCCCAGAAACCGUUGAGGAAGAGACGCAUGCAUCAGCGCAGCCACAGCAGCGUGGUGACCGAAACCAUCUCAGAGACCACCGAGGUGCUAGAUGAGCACUUCGUGGACUCCGACUCUGAGAGGCCCAUGCCCCGGCUGGAGGAGGAGACCCCCCUGAGGCGCUACCCCCCGGCCCGCUCCGCCCUCCGACACACAGACCCUACGCCCAAGAGGGGCAGACGAGCCAACCUCACAGAGUCUGAGGAGGACGGUGAGUCCACAGGAGCACACAGGGCUAACAGAGCAGUUAUUUAUAUAGCAAGGUAUUGGUGUACAGGACAUGUUGGAGCAGAGCUGUAUGUUAGCUAGCCAUUGAGAUACAGUACUUGCUUGAGUAGAUCUGUAUGUGUAACAAUGGAUUUCUCUCCCGCUCUGUUCUCGUAUAGAAUCCACUCCUGUUUUGAAGUCAGUUGCCUCCCUACGGAACCCAGAGCCCACGGCCUCCGCAGACACCCCGGCGGCCAACCCAGAGUCCCCCGUCAAGAAGAAAAAAGGCUGGCCCAAGGGCAAGCCCCGCAAGCCCCUGCACUUGAGGAAAUGGCCGGUCAGACCACCUGGCAGCGGGACUAACCAGAACGCAGGGGACACCAGCCUGACCACCUCGGGGGACCCUCCGCCCCCCAAGAUCAAGAUGAAGCCGGGCCGUAAACCCCAGAGCUGGUACCUACAGCGGGCCCAGGAGGAGGCCGAGAGGCAGGAGGCAGAGAGACAGAGGCUGGGUCUGGGAGGGGGGCAGCAGCUAGACAAGCCCCCCCAGCAGCUAGAGGACAGAGCCUGCAAGAGGGCCUCCAGAGCCACAGCUACCGACAACGACAAACACAAAGACUCUGAUGAAGAGGACGACUACCACCCCAAGCCCGUAGAGCAGAAGAUCCCCAAGAGGCGGGGACGACCGCCCAAAAACCCAGCCCUGCAACAACAACCCGUCCCUAAGCCGUUCCCGGUCUCGGAGCCAGAGGAGGAAGAGGAGGAGGAGACAGAGAGGGGCUGGGUAGAGGACAAACCCAGCCGUCCACCGACCCGCUCCCUGCUCUCCCCGUCCUCUACCGGAGGCCCCAGUGCCCCCCAGCCCAGCAGGCCAGACACGGACAGAGACAUGGCCGACAGGGAAGAAGACGAGGAUGAGGAGUUUGCGAGCCUCGGCAGCAGCAGCAGGAGGACAGCGGCCAUGCCAUGCCCGGGGAGCAGACGCAGUGACGACCACGAUGCAGACGACGAAGGAGACGGACACCUGGAGGACAAGAGCAGCAGUAAGAAGAGGAAGAGCCAGGACUCUGAGGAAGAGGAAGAUGAAGAGGAGGAGGAAGAGCCUGCCUCCCCCGCCUGCUCUCCGCCCGUCAAAGAGGAACCCCAGGGCGGGGAAGGUUUUUUAGACAUGCAGGGAAGCGUGCAGGCCAGAGACUCCUACGUCAGCAAGCAGGAGGAGGACGAAGAGGAGGACGAAGAAGAGGCGGAGGAGGAGCUGCAGGAGGUGAAGUGCCGGCCGCUGGACGCAGCACAGGACGAGAGGAGGCGGCGGCGAGAAGCGGAGGAGUCAGCAGCGGCGGCCGCGGCGGUGGAGACGGUGACAGCCAUCUCAGUCCCCUCCGAGCCCCUGGAGCUGCAGACUCUGCAACCCGAGGACAAGGCUGUCACGCUGCUGAUGGAUCCCCAGCACCCCCACCCACACCCGCAUCCCCACCAGCACCCCCACCAGCACCCCGACUCCUUCAAGGAGGAGCUGACCCACCACCACGGAUCCCAUCACAGCCAGCACCACCACAGCAACGAGCUGGACCUGGAGACGGUACAGGCGGUCCAGUCUCUGACCCAGGGAGAGGCCCAGGACGAGGAGCCAGAGAGCCACGCGGUCUCCCACGGAGCCUACCAGGACUGUGAGGAGACGCUGGCCGCCUGCCGCACCCUGCAGAGCUACAGCCACGCCGGGGAGGCCGAAGAGGAGGGGACCCACCUGUCCCUGGUUGAGGAGUGUGGAGCCUCCCAACAAAGCAGCCCCCUACCCCACACCAACCCCCCGAUACCCCCCUUACCCAGCCAGUCAGUCCGCUCCGUCAACAGCCCAGCAGGCAUGACCCCAGGAGGGGUGAUGGAGUCUGGGCUGGGGCAGCAGAGAGAGGGCACGCCAGGCCCUACUGGGGGAACGGGAGGAGGAGGAGGGGGGUACACCCAGAUCACCCCUGAGCACCCCAGCUCUCUGUCAGCCCCGUCCCAGCAGAACAUGGAGACCAGUCCCAUGAUGGACGUGCCGUCUGUGUCGGACCACUCCCAGCAGGUGGUGGACAGUGGAUUCAGCGACCUGGGCAGCAUCGAGAGCACCACAGAGAACUACGACAAUCCCAGCAGCUACGACUCCACCAUGGGCAGCGGGGGCAACGGGGGAGGGAACAACAGCGGUAACCAUGCGGUGGUGGCGGCUGCGGUCGCCUCGACCUCUUCCUCGUCGGCGGCGGGCUCUUCCUCUAACUCGGCCACGCCCUCCUCACAGGGCAACAGCUGCUCCUUUGUCCCGGCGCCCGGUCUCACGUCUCCCAGCGGUGCCGUGACAUCACAGCUCGCCAUGGGCAGCUGCAGCCUCAUCCAACAGACUGGGCCAGGGCCCAAUAAUGGUCUGGGAGCCAACAUGGGUGGCAACAACAGUGUGCCCCAGCCUCCGCCGCCACCCCCGUCCACCGUCUGCCAACACCCACCAAGGCAUCAAGUCCCCUCAGAGCUUUGUUAAUGAGAGGCCGCCCAGCACCAGCCAGCAGUCCCAGAAAAAGGUGCAGCAGCCACCACAGCAGCAGCAGCAGGCUCCCAACCCCCAGCCCACAGCCCCUCCAAACCCCCACCCCCACCCUCCCCAGCAGCAGCAGCCCCUGUCCCAGUGCAGUAUGGGGAAUGGCUUUGGCUCUACAUCCAUGAUCAUGGAGAUCCCUGAGAGUGCCUCCCAGGGAGGGGGCCGCAGCCUGUACGAGCGGAUGGGCCAGGACUUUGGUGCAGGGGGUUACCCCCAGCCCUCGGCCACGUUCAGCCUGGCUAAGCUGCAGCAGCUCACCAACACCAUCAUGGACCCCCACGCCAUGCCCUACUCGCACUCGGCCUCCGUCACGUCCUACGCCACCAGUGUUUCUCUGUCUAACCCUGGUCUGGCCCAGCUCUCCCCCCUCCCCACACCCUCCCUUAACCCAGGGCCAGGCCACCAUGACCCCCCCUCCCCAACUGAGCUCUGGCUCCAUGAACCUGGGCUCCCUGCAGCUGCAGUGCAACAUGCCCACCAGCAACAUCGGCCUUCCUCCCCCGCCUCACACCCAGCGGCUGCAGGGCCAGAUGGCCACAGUGAAGGGCCACAUCUCCAUCCGCUCCAAGGCCCAGCUGGCCCCCGCUCCAUCCCCGCACCAGCAGCAGCUGUACGGCCGCAGCUCUGGGUCCGUGGCCAUGCAGGGCUCGCCCCGUACCCUGGCCGUGCAGCGCAGCAUGAUGCCCAACCUCAUGCCCACGCCGGCCGGCUACAACACCAUGAACAUGAACCAGCUGAACGCCAUGUCGGCCGGCUACCGCAUGCCACAGCCCAUGAUGAACAGCGGUUACCACGGGAACCCCCCUUACAUGAACCAGCCCGCCCAGUACCCCAUGCAGAUGCAGAUGGGCAUGAUGGGGGGGCAGGGGUACCCGCAGCAGCCUAUGCAGCCCAAUCACCACGGCAACAUGAUGUACACGGGCCCAACCCACCACAGCUACGCCGGCGUCCCCAAACAGUCGCCUUACAUGAGCAGAUGAGUAGAGCACCACAGAACAACGCCACAGCUCUAGAGAGAUGGGAGGGACACUCUGACCCGACACACUCUGAUGGAGAGAGGGACUCUGCUGUUGCCUCUCUUUACUGUAUUACUUGGUGUUGUAUCCACCCUCUCCAAAGCCAGAGCGAGCGUAAAGGGAGAGAGGGAAGACUGUUUUCAAUGUUUUGUAUGUGUCAUUUUGCUCCAUUCAGUUGGACUCAUCCCCCCCCCCCCCCCCCCCCCCCCCCCCAAGCUGGCUGUGUAGGGAGUGCGCUGGCGCGAUACAAACGUGUAAAUGGACCUCUGGUACUGUAUGGCAGACUACACUAGGAUGAGGAGUUUGCGAGCCUCGGCAGCAGCAGCAGGAGGACAGCGGCCAUGCCAUGCCCGGGGAGCAGACGCAGUGACGACCACGAUGCAGACGACGAAGGAGACGGACACCUGGAGGACAAGAGCAGCAGUAAGAAGAGGAAGAGCCAGGACUCUGAGGAAGAGGAAGAUGAAGAGGAGGAGGAAGAGCCUGCCUCCCCCGCCUGCUCUCCGCCCGUCAAAGAGGAACCCCAGGGCGGGGAAGGAGGAGGCUAGGCGGCGAGAAGCGGAGGCAGUCAGCAGCGGCCGGCCGCGGCGGUGGAGACGGGGAACACCAUCUCAGUCCCCUCCGAAGGCCCCUGGGAGCUGCAGACUCUGCAACCCGAGGACCAAGGGCUGUUCACGCUGCUGAUGGAUUUCCCCAGCACCCCCAACCCACCCACGCAUUCCCCACCAGCAACCCCACCAGCACCCCGGACUCCUUAAAGGAGGAGCUGACCCACCACCCACGGAUCCCAUUCACCGCCAGCAACCACACAGCAACGAGCUGGACUGGAGACGGUACAGGCGGCUCCAGUCUAGACCCAGGGAGAGGCCCAGGACGAGGAGCCAGAGAGCCACGCGGUCUCCCCACGGAGCCUACCAGGACUGUGAGGAGACGCUGGCCGCCUGCCGCACCCUGCAGAGCUACAGCCACGCCGGGGAGGCCGAAGAGGAGGGGACCCACCUGUCCCUGGUUGAGGAGUGUGGAGCCUCCCAACAAAGCAGCCCCCUACCCCACACCAACCCCCCGAUACCCCCCUUACCCAGCCAGUCAGUCCGCUCCGUCAACAGCCCAGCAGGCAUGACCCCAGGAGGGGUGAUGGAGUCUGGGCUGGGGCAGCAGAGAGAGGGCACGCCAGGCCCUACUGGGGGAACGGGAGGAGGAGGAGGGGGGGUACACCCAGAUCACCCCUGAGCACCCCAGCUCUCUGUCAGCCCCGUCCCAGCAGAACAUGGAGACCAGUCCCAUGAUGGACGUGCCGUCUGUGUCGGACCACUCCAGCAGGUGGUGGACAGUGGAUUCAGCGACCUGGGCAGCAUCGAGAGCACCACAGAGAACUACGACAAUCCCAGCAGCUACGACUCCACCAUGGGCAGCGGGGGCAACGGGGGAGGGAACAACAGCGGUAACCAUGCGGUGGUGGCGGCUGCGGUCGCCUCGACCUCUUCCUCGUCGGCGGCGGGCUCUUCCUCUAACUCGGCCACGCCCUCCUCACAGGGCAACAGCUGCUCCUUUGUCCCGGCGCCCGGUCUCACGUCUCCCAGCGGUGCCGUGACAUCACAGCUCGCCAUGGGCAGCUGCAGCCUCAUCCAACAGACUGGGCCAGGGCCCAAUAAUGGUCUGGGAGCCAACAUGGGUGGCAACAACAGUGUGCCCCAGCCUCCGCCGCCACCCCGUCCACCGUCUGCCAACACCCACCAAGGCAUCAAGUCCCCUCAGAGCUUUGUUAAUGAGAGGCCGCCCAGCACCAGCCAGCAGUCCCAGAAAAAGGUGCAGCAGCCACCACAGCAGCAGCAGCAGGCUCCCAACCCCCAGCCCACAGCCCCUCCAAACCCCCACCCCCACCCGCCCCAGCAGCAGCAGCCCCUGUCCCAGUGCAGUAUGGGGAAUGGCUUUGGCUCCACAUCCAUGAUCAUGGAGAUCCCUGAGAGUGCCUCCCAGGGAGGGGGCCGCAGCCUGUACGAGCGGAUGGGCCAGGACUUUGGUGCAGGGGGUUACCCCCAGCCCUCGGCCACGUUCAGCCUGGCUAAGCUGCAGCAGCUCACCAACACCAUCAUGGACCCCCACGCCAUGCCCUACUCGCACUCGGCCUCCGUCACGUCCUACGCCACCAGUGUUUCUCUGUCUAACCCUGGUCUGGCCCAGCUCUCCCCCUCCCCACACCCUCCCUUAACCCAGGGCCAGGCCACCAUGACCCCCCCUCCCCAACUGAGCUCUGGCUCCAUGAACCUGGGCUCCCUGCAGCUGCAGUGCAACAUGCCCACCAGCAACAUCGGCCUUCCUCCCCCGCCUCACACCCAGCGGCUGCAGGGCCAGAUGGCCACAGUGAAGGGACACAUCUCCAUCCGCUCCAAGGCCCAGCUGGCCCCCGCUCCAUCCCCGCACCAGCAGCAGCUGUACGGCCGCAGCUCUGGGUCCGUGGCCAUGCAGGGCUCGCCCCGUACCCUGGCCGUGCAGCGCAGCAUGAUGCCCAACCUCAUGCCCACGCCGGCCGGCUACAACACCAUGAACAUGAACCAGCUGAACGCCAUGUCGGCCGGCUACCGCAUGCCACAGCCCAUGAUGAACAGCGGUUACCACGGGAACCCCCCUUACAUGAACCAGCCCGCCCAGUACCCCAUGCAGAUGCAGAUGGGCAUGAUGGGGGGGCAGGGGUACCCGCAGCAGCCUAUGCAGCCCAAUCACCACGGCAACAUGAUGUACACGGGCCCAACCCACCACAGCUACGCCGGCGUCCCCAAACAGUCGCCUUACAUGAGCAGAUGA